CCGACGUCUGAACUAAUGGUUGCGACUUCGCCCGUCUGCAUUUCUAAUCUCAUUUACAACUAAAACCUAGUGCCUAUUCGGAUUCAGAAGAAAAAACAAAAGAUGCUGGUGUAGCUAAGCUGGAGAAUUACCGAUAUUUUCGACGUUUUUUUCACUUUACAUUCACACUUUUUCGCAAUGAUGUGAUACAUGUAUAACCCUUGGUAGGAAAAUGGCGGAUAUAUACACUUGUCUUUCUAUCUCAAUUGUUUACUUCUGUAUGUUAUAAGAUCUCUACAUUUGACGUUCAAAAGGGACGAACUUUGGGACGAUGAGACGAACGAAAAAUUGACAAGGACGUAAACCGAUGUCAAGGACGAUAAUAGUAAAUAAAAAAAGUCGGGAAGGUAGAUUUUUGUAUUUGAGGUCAAAAAAGUCAACAAACCAAUUUGAGUGUGAAAGAGUAGACAUAAUGGCCAGCAUAGCAUUAAGAGUGAAAACUAAAAGUGGCCAGCAAGUGGUAAAUACACUAAAUAAGCAGAGUACAAUGAAGGAACUGAAGCAGCUGCUGUCCAGCAUAUCCAAUAUCCCAUUAGAAAGACUCCACGUGCUCUCUGGGUUUCCUCCCAAAACACUGGACAUUUCCCAGGAUAAUUUGAGUCUAGACAGUAGUGGAAUUACCUCCGGUGAUACUUUAAUCUUAGAAGAAAAGGCACCACAGGAACAGCCACCCCAAGCAGUGCCACCCCCUAGUACAAUUGAACCCAGCCCUCCUAAGACAACAACAAAUGUAGAAGCAACUACUGAACAUGCUGAUGUAGAGAACCAUUCCUCAGGGAUUUUAAUGAAACAAGUAGUGCCUGCAGACAACUCGUGUUUAUUUACUAGCAUAAAUUUUGUACUAAAUGGUAAAGUAGAUGACAGUACUAAUGUUGCACCUUACAUGAGGAAACUUGUUGCUGAGACUAUCAAUGCUGAAAGGUUUUUAUAUGAUGAAGCAGUACUAGGUAAGCCUGUAGAUGACUACUGUGCUUGGAUCCAAGACGAUAGAUCUUGGGGUGGUGCUAUAGAAUUGGCAAUUCUAUCAAACUACUAUGGUAUUGAAAUAGCUGUGGCAGACACCAUGAAUGCUAUAAUAAAUAGAUUUGGAGAAGAUAAGGAUUAUCCCCACAGGGUGUUCCUCAUGUUCGAUGGUAUUCACUAUGACCCCCUAUAUUUGGAGCCAGCUGAUGGUAGUAUGAUUCGCACAAUUUUCUCGACUGAAGAUACGGGUAUAUUGAAACAGGCAGAACAGUUAGCGCAAGAAGCAAAUACUAGCAGGCAGUAUACAGACAUGGAAAAAUUCACGUUACGUUGUAUGGUUUGCCAGCAAGGGCUGAAAGGACAAGCGGAAGCGAGGCAGCAUGCCGCGGCUACAGGUCAUAUUAAUUUUGGGGAAGUGUAACAAAGGGUUGGUUUGUGUUUGUAUUUCACUCAAAUCAGUGGUAUUGCUAGUAUGAAAGAUUAUAUGGUUGUCAGUCAGUCAGUAACUGUAAUCAUGAUCCAUGAACAUUAAUUUUUUUCACUGGAUAACAUUGUAUAGGGUGUUUGAAAAAGGGUAAUUCUUUGGACUAUUCUAAGACUAUUUUGUGCUCUGACUGUUUGCGAAAUACUGCUUAGAUCUCGGUUUUUCUUAAAUAACUUUUGACGAUCUUGUAUAAUCCAAUAAAAUUUUAACAGUAUCGUAGUUACUUCAGGCAUCACCUGAUGGUGUCCAAGAAAACAAAAUAACAUAUUUAGAUCGGCAAGGACGAACUAGCCCGAACUCAAUAUUGUUAAAUUACUUUAUUCCCCGUAUAAUAAUAACUCAAACAUAAUGCACCCUGUUUGAUUCAGUCAAAAUGAUCCGUUUUUGAGAAAAAACACUCUUUUAGUACUGUUUAACCUUACUGGUAUCGCCAUUUUGGAAAUAUACUAACUUUGCUUAAUAACAUAUUCGCAAUCAGCGCGCCGAGAAAUCCCUGUAUACAAACUUUUAGAUCAAUUUACCAAGUUUCAGGCUGUAGUCUACUUUUUAGAGAUUGCCUGCUGUGGAAUUCGAUAGGAGAAGCAUUGGAACGGGACUGUUUUCCUCAAAAACAAUUCAUUUUAUCGAAAUCAAAGAAGAGUAUUAUUUCGGAUAAAGAAUCAAUCUUUCCAUAAACAUUGGGUUUUAGCUACUGCUAAAGGGCGCCCAUGCCGAUCGGGAUCAGCUACUUAUUUUUACCAGACUGCCACAGUAGGUUCUUUUAUUUUUCUCAAUUGUUUUGUCUGUGGGCAUCAUCGUGUGAGGCUGUCAAAAAAUCAUACGUGGUUCAAGUCAUGUGUAGAAAACCGAUUUCCAAUGGCGUUCUUUAAAGGCAUCUGAAUCUCUGAAACGAAGCAGUAAUUCGAAAAUCGUCAGAUGGUGCCUUAGACUGAUAUAAUACAUUACUACUGUCGAAGUCGAAGAAGGCACUAUUUUAGCGAGUAAACCUGGCAACACUGUGCGCAAUGCUAGGUUAAGCACCUGAUGUCAUUGUCAUGAAGUUGUCAAUUCUACUAUCCAUGAUAGGCUGUCUAAUUUUAAAGGUACAUGAUGUGCAUACUCAUACAUUCAUAGUACAAUUGACAAAGCAUUGGGCUCGCGGAAACGGGCGGGUUGGUAUGAUGUGAUUUUUAUUAUUUAAUUGUUCAUUUUGCAUGUAUGUUUGGGCAUACUCGUGGUUUGUACUAAAACUUUGGAUAUUUGAAUUUGUAUAUUUUAGAAUUUAUCACUGGGAGUGCUCUUACAUAUACAUCCAAAUACAUUUAUGAUCGCCAAGAUUGUUUUCAUCUACGAGUAGUGAACGUUUAUAUACACGUGUUAUGCAUAAUCUUAAUGCACAAUUGUGAUCAAGUCAUUUUUACAAGUCUGAAUUCUACAAUUUCAGAUUAACUGGUCAACAUUGAUGACAAAAUGUAGCAUUAGGACACAUUUUUCCCUGAAAAGGCGUUUUCGAUUGAACUGUAGGGAUACACGAUUAGCAGUGUCAGUUUUUUUAAUUUCUCUCACAGUGAGAUUUUUUGUAUUAGUGUACCUUCUUGCAGAUGAGGUUAAACAGAAAUAUGAAACGACUUCAAAUGUCACAAAUUCUCGUCGUGAACAGUCAUAGCCUUUGUUAACACUCUGAAUAAAGAAACGUUAAUCUACAUACCGAACAUAAAAUGCAAACAGUUAAUGUUUUAAAUGAAUUGGAAAUUAAUUAGGAAAUACUGUUUUAGAUAUAUAUUAUGGAGAGUUGCAGAUGAAUGUUGGGUUCUUUACACCAAUGUAUACAGACGAUGUUUGGUUAUAUUUAUUUUUUGCAGGAUAAGCAUUUGUUUAUAAUAAAAUUUUAUACCUACCUUUGCUAUUGUAAUAAUUACCCAGUUUGAAAGACGUCAUCCGUCACUAACAUUAUCAAGGAGGCACUUAUAAACUGAGAACCAAAUUUGUCUGACGGCUUGAGAUCAAUGUGUACGAGAGAGAAGUGUGUAUAGACACACAUUUUAGAAAGAGAUAGAAGCCGCCUGAAUAGCGACGCUCAUCACCGCGUUGCCUAGCAACGCGCGUUGCCAAUUAUGUUACACCAGUUCCUUGAAUUAAAAUGCAUUUUGAAAAUAUCCGUUAGUUUAUUUUUUACAUCCAAAUAAUGGUUUUAUUUUGAGCGUACACAUUUUUUAAUUGUGUCGAAUCUGUCUAGGAUUGAUUUCCGAUCGGUCCUCUCGGUGCUCCAUUUUAGGUCGAAAUAAAAGGUCAGGAUCGCCACAAAUUGUGCUACAUUGCAUCAAUGGUCCAUUUGAUAACACCGCAUCUUGUACAUUCCAUUGCAAGGUUUCCACCUCCAUGAUCAUAGUUCUGCGAUUUUGUCAGUACCGUCAGUGUCGUUCGGCUCUGAAAUGGCUUUCACCUGCGUACACGCAGACAGUGAUAAUUUAUAUUGCGUAACGUUUUAUUUGUUAUAUUUUUCGACCGUAACGCUGUCGCAAAAUGUAACAAAAACUCAGGAUGUGUUGAUUUAUCACCAUCGGUGGAAAUCAAAGGUAAUUAUAAAAUAAAUUAAAACACUAAUUCGCUUCAAAAUUGAAGUAAAAAAUUCUAAUCAAAAUGUCAAAUACUCGAACUGACCUCCUUCUUGGGUUAGAUAGUAAUCUAACCUAUUGUAGAAGCCUGUGCGAACAUUUUCUGGUGUAACAUAUUGGCAAUGCGGCAGGUUGAACUCAAAUCGGACAAUUUUGGUUUUCACUAUAGAAUCCUUUGAAUGUAGCAAAUCUAAAAUAAAUCGCAUUGUUUCGAUACGGGUAUAGAAAAAAAUUCACAUAAUUUGACUUUGCUAUAACUUAACCUACUGGCGACUCGAAGCCGCUAGCCCGACUACCUUCCCGCGGCCCGCACCUCCACAAGCUGGCGGGUGUGUUUAGACGAUGUACAGAGAAGCCGCUUUCUCGGGUUUUACGGCUUUUUAACGACCUUCGGUAAAAAAGUAAACACUAUAUAUGUAACUUUGUCUUGAACUAUGUCAAAUUAUCAAGUAAAGUGACUAUGAAUUGGUGAUCAUCCCAGAAAUCAAGUAGGCAGCAAAGGGUUAAGAAUAAAUAAUCUUUAGAAGGAAAACGUCUGUUUCAAUUAUUUCUAAGGGAAUCACUGCGAUCCUACUUGGUAAGAAGGCUGACGGUAGAAAUUUCAAGUGAACGUCCAGAUACAACAUAUGGUUGGACAUCUUCUUGGUAAGUACGUUAAUCAAUGGUCAGACACUUUUAAUGUUCCAAAAGUGAAUAUACAUGGUGUUUCAGAAAGGUGUGCCAAUCUUUCUAGGGCAGAAAGUACAUCCAAAAAUAACAAGAUAACAUCCAUUAUGGGUCUAAAAUGCCCCUCUACCGAGAUACAGGGUGAUCAAUUUUUAUUUACGAAAUUGAAAAAAAGAUUAAGUUACUG